AGCUCAGUCGCGUUGUGUCCUUGUGAUAGUCUAAUAUCGUGUGUGCAUAAAUAACAAUAAAUUGUUUACACGGGAAUGCCCUGUGGAUAGUAAUUGCAAGUGUUUUGCAUUUCCUCGCGUAGGACGUCGUUUACGCCGGUAGUGUGUAGGUUGUGAUUAUGGUGCGCUGACGCCGGUGUGGUUCCUGUGGGUGUUAUUAAUUCUCAAAGACAGCUGUGAUUGGCCCAAGAUGGAUCGAACAAUGUAUGGCAAGGUGCUACCUGGCACUUAUUAUCCGUUCCGCUGCGCUAUGAAGGAGAACGGAAUAUCGCCCGGCUAUGCGCUGCUCGCCGACCUUCAGAACUCUAUUAAUCCUGGCGCCCGCGUAGGCAGUCCAGGUGGCAGGAGUUCACCUGGUGGAAGAACUGCGUCUCCUGGCAGGACCAGCUCUCCCCUCGGCAGAGGCAGUUCUCCUGGUCGCCUGAGCUCGCCAGGAGGCAGCUUAAAUUCACCGUCUUCCACUGGAUAUGGCUCAAUAAAUGGAUCUAGGAAUAUAUCUUCUGAUUACACUAAGCCUGCUUCGCCAACCUACCAGAACACAUCAUCUCUCCACGAGAAAGUGCAUCCAAUAAAAUACAACACAACACAAGCCAGCUAUGGUAACCACAAUGCCUACAACGCAGGACAACCUGCGUAUAACACUGCACAACCAGCGUAUGGCAGGACAGCCUCAGAUAGAAGUGGACGAGGACACCUCACCGAACUGGACACCCUACUCGAUGACCUGAGCAACGCCAGAUAUGGGAACUAUGUGGACAAGACUACGUACAACGAAAGAAAUGUAACGGAUGGCUAUGCUCGCACCAAUGGUACAUCCAGCCCGGCCUCCUCCCGACCCACAGUGGACUCUCUGCUCGACCAGCUCAGCGCAGACCUUCCAAAUGGUCGCGCUUCAACUUCUCCGGUACCUCCUCCGUCACAGGGAGGCACCCUACCUCGACCAGGCACGAAGCAGGUCACGGUGACAGUUCAGGAGACGGUGGUGGAACCAGCCCAGUCACAGCAACAGCCUCCACCGACCGUCCCGGCCGUACGUCAUCAUCACCACGCCUCCAACGCUACUAAGGAACUUGAUGAUCUGAUGGCAUCGCUCUCUGAUUUCAAAGUAAGCGGCACAGGAGCUGAAAGCGGUACCCACGUAUAUCGCGAAAAGCGUGCGUGGCAAGAACACUACCGCAGCAACCCGCGGCAACCAGAGUCCGCCUCUCUAGAGCAUAUGCUCGGAUCUCUCCGAGCAGACAUGAGCCGCCAAGGAGUACAAACCCCCCAAAAGGGAUGCUGCAACGCCUGCGAUAAGCCCAUCGUCGGACAGGUCAUCACCGCGUUGGGUCGCACGUGGCACCCUGAGCACUUCACCUGCGCUCACUGCAACCAGGAGCUGGGCACCAGGAAUUUCUUCGAGCGUGACGGCAGGCCUUACUGCGAGCCUGACUACCACAACCUAUUCUCGCCCAGAUGUGCUUACUGCAACGGACCUAUCCUCGACAAAUGCGUCACGGCUCUGGAAAAAACUUGGCACACAGAACAUUUCUUCUGUGCCCAGUGUGGCCAACAAUUUGGUGAGGAUGGUUUCCACGAGAGGGAUGGCAAACCAUACUGCCGCAAUGACUAUUUUGACAUGUUUGCGCCAAAAUGCGGCGGUUGCAACAAGCCCAUCAUGGAGAACUACAUCUCAGCACUGAACACACAAUGGCACCCUGACUGCUUCGUUUGCAAGGAAUGUCGUGAGCCUUUCCAUGGAGGAUCUUUCUUCGAACACGAAGGCCAACCUUACUGUGAGACCCACUACCACGGCAAACGUGGCUCCCUCUGUGCCGGCUGCCACAAACCUAUCGCCGGCCGUUGCAUCACAGCCAUGUUCAGAAAAUUCCACCCAGAACACUUCGUAUGCGCGUUCUGUCUCAGACAACUCAAUAAAGGCACAUUCAAAGAACAAAACGACAAACCAUACUGCCAUACAUGCUUUGACAAACUCUUUGGUUAAACUGUCAAAAUGUAUCAUGACGUCACAGUGCACUAAACAAGAUGGUGGGUCUUUUAAAACUGUGACCAUUCGAUAUUUAAAUAAAUGAGAAAAAGAAAAUAAUAGUGCUGUGACUGAAUCGAUAAUAUCGAUUGAUUGCAGUAUUUUAAUUGUAACAUGUUCAAAUUAUGAUGGUUCUAAUUAAUUAACUAUGUGGCGACUGUGAGUCGUGAUAGUGCCAUACGACAUUUAAAACUGUAUGAUAUUAUAUAAAGAAAAUAUUUACGUCGUAACAUUGUAAAGAAAUAACUAACUAAGAUAUAUUUAUGUUAUAGAAAUCGAUUGACACGAUUCAUAUUAAUUAUGUCUCAAGUCUAAAGCGAAAAGUAUGAAUUAUGAUAAUUUUUAGCGCAACCUUGAAAAGAUAAUAGCCAAUUGAAUAAAUAAAUGAUAUGCCAAUUAAAAUUUCCAACUUUAGUAUGACACAGUAUAUUAAAAAUAUAAAUAACAUAAAGCAUUUAAUAAUACAUGGUAAUAUAGAAACUCUUUGAAAAUAUCCUUUUCCCUCCUUAUCCUUUGCUAAGACAGGAG